AUGGGGGGGGUGAGCGAGGAGGCGGCGAUUGCCACCAACCUCGAUCUGCGACUCAAGACUGCAACCUUCAGGCUCAGGGCCCGGGGGGUGAGGACUAGCGCGCCCAUUGUGGUGGAGGCGGGGGGCCAUGCCAGGGGGGCCAGGGCACUCAACUUGGACGAGGGGAGGGUGAAGGCGCUGGUAUGCGAGCGUGUUCCACCUUACCAGGUAGCGGCCCGUGCAGUGGCAGAGGCACGCCUUGGGGGUGAGGUCACAAGCGUUAGGGGAGUGGCGAGGAAGGGCGCGGCAAUGGGUGGGCCAGCAGGGCGUAGGGGAACCAGGUCGCGUGGCGUGCUCGACUUUCAGGCUAGGCUGUUUGCAGAGCUGGUAGAGAUGGAGGCAAAGGAGGGGGUGUGGGCACAAGAUGAGGUGGACCAGUAUUUAGCUGAGGCAAGGAGGGUGGGUGCUUCUUAG